CUUACACGAGGCCGUGGGUGACAAUGAAGAUACUAUCAGUAGAGUGUGUAAUUUUCCUAGCCAUAUUUUUACAGUGGGUAAAUGGAAAUCCCAGUAGCCCCAACCACCUGCAUAGACAUGGCCAUUAUCUCCCUAGGAACGCAACUAGAAACCAGAACUCUGUGCUUAGUUACAUGUACAUGAAGUACCCAGAUUGGAACAGAGAUUCUAAUGCCCCUAAGAAUGAGCUUUUGGCAGAUGGCAUUAAUAAGAAAUGUGGGGCCCAUGAAUACUUUUCUGAAAAGAAAAAUAGGUGCCUCAGAUGUUCUUGUUGUAAUGUUGUGAGCCGCCAUGACAAAACCAAAACAAGGAAACUAACUCCCCUCACGGAAUGUACAAGUAACUCCCAAACGCGUGCUGAUUUCGCCUGUUCACAAGAUUUCUCCUGGGUCUGUGACACCAGAGUACAGAAUGAUACCACUAAGCCAUACAAUACGGGUUUCAAGGAAACCACUCGGUCCAAAGUGACGGAUAGGGAUCAGAUUCGAAGAGAUAAAAAGCCACCAAAAUCGUCCUCUUCUAACCUGAAAUACACACCCGUCAAUGCACUUUUUCAAUGGUCUUUGUUGUAA